AUGAACUCCAUAAUUAAAAAAUCAAAACGAGGUUUGACAAAUGAAGAAGUUAUCGAAACACGUUUUCCAAUUUAUGGAUUGAAUGAAUUAUCAGGCCAAGGGAAUGUCAACGCAUUCAUGGUUUUAGCAAAACAAUUUUUAAAUGCUUUAAUGUUGAUAUUGAUGAUUGCCAUGAUUGUCUCUUUUGUCACGAAAGAUUAUAUUGAAGCAGGCGUGAUUGGAUUUGUUGCAAUUACAAAUGCAUUAAUCGGAUUUUUUCAAGAGUAUCGGGCCGAGAAAACUAUGGAAUCAUUAAGAAAAAUGACUUCGCCAACUGCAAGAGUUAUUAGAGGAGAAGCUUCAACAUUUGUUCCUACGAAUACUCUAGUACCUGGAGAUAUAUUAGUAAUUGAAGAAGGAGAUGUAGUUGGUGCAGACGCCCGAUUAUUUGAAUGUCAAAAUUUGGAGAUUGAUGAAGCCCUAUUAACUGGUGAAUCUGUACCUGUUGCCAAAUUUGCUGAUGUGAUCGAAGAACAUGAUAAACCAAUAGGUGAUCGAUUAAAUUUAAUAUAUUCUAGUACAACAGUAACAAAAGGAAGAGGAAAAGGCAUUGUUAUAAGUACAGGAAUGGAAACAGAAAUUGGGAAAAUUGCAAAAAGUUUAUCGUCAUCAUCUAUUAUACAAAGGAGUCCUUUACAAAAAGCAAUGGAUAUGAUGGCAUAUAUAUUAUUUGGAAUAGCUGUUGUGUUAUCCGUAAUAGUAUUUGGUGUAAAUAAAUGGCAAUUUACUAGAGAGGUUUUUAUUUAUGCAGUAUCAGUUAGUAUUGCCAUAUUACCUGAAGGUCUUGUUGCUGUGAUUACAUUAACUAUGGCUUUGGGUGUACGGAAAAUGGCCAAAAAUAAAGCAAUUGUUCGUAAACUGAGCGCAUUGGAAGCAUUGGGAUCUGUAACAAACAUUUGUUCUGACAAAACUGGUACACUUACACAAAGCAAAAUGAUUGCAACCAAUGCUUGGUUAUUACACGAAGGUUUUUACAAAAUAACUGGUCGUAAAGGUUACUCUCCAAACGAAGUGACAUUUAAAAAUAUGAGUUAUGCAUUUAGACAACUGGUUCAAACUGCCGCUCUUUGUAAUAUGGCCGUGAUUAGAAAAGGUGCUAUCCGUGGUGAAUGGAAUGUUAUAGGUGAUCCAACUGAGGGAGCACUUCAAGUAUUUUCACAUAAAGCUGGAUUACCAAAACCGGUACUUGAAAGCGAAGAAUUCAAAUUCAAAUUAAUAAUGGAAUAUAACUUUGAUACAAUUUUAAAAAGAAUGUCGGUCCUUUACAAAAAUGAAAUCACCAAUGAAUAUUAUGUAUUCAUGAAAGGUGCAACUGAAUCUAUUCUAAAAAAAUGCACAAAAUUCCAAGUUGGUGAUGAUGUUGUCGAGAGAGAAGUUAAUGAUGAUGGUAGUGACGAAAAAUUUAAAUUGGAAAUUAAUAAUAGUCUUGAGAGUUUGGCUAGUAAAGGAUUGCGUGUAUUAUCAUUGGCAUAUCGAAAAAUAAAUAAUUCUAGUAAAACAGAUAAAGAAUUUUCAAUGAUGACACGCGAGGAAGUGGACAACGAUAUGAUAUUUUUAGGAUUUGUUGGUAUUUACGAUCCACCAAGACCUGAAUCAAAGGAUGCCGUAAUGAAGUGUUUUGGUGCUGGAAUUGAAGUUCACAUGUUAACAGGCGACCAUCCUUUGACCGCAGCAGCAAUUGCUAAAGAGAUAGGAAUAAUUCCUUCAAAUUAUUUAGUCAGUAGUAAUAAUAUUAAUAAAAUCGUUAAUGACGAUAAUGGAUCACAAUCGCAACUUGUAAUGGCAGCAACACAAUUUGACGCAUUGACUGAUAAAGAAAUUGAUGAACUUAAAGAACUGCCAAAAGUUAUUGCUCGUUGCAGUCCUGAAACUAAAGUGAAAAUGAUUGAGGCUUUACAUAGAAGAAAAAAAUUUGUGGCAAUGACUGGUGACGGUGUCAACGACUCGCCAAGUCUUAAAAAAGCAGAUAUUGGUAUUGCAAUGGGAAUGGGCGGUAGUGACGUGGCAAAACAAGCAAGUGAUAUAGUGUUGACUGAUGAUAAUUUUGCAACAAUAGUUAGCGCAAUCUCUGAAGGUCGUAGAAUCUUUGUAAAUAUACAGAAAUUCAUUUCACAUUUACUCAGUGGAAACGUAUCAGAAAUCGUUGCAUUGGUGAUCGGAUUGUCAUUUAUUGAUACUGAUGGUUUAUCCUUAAAUCCAAUGUCACCAUUACAAAUACUUUUCUUGAACAUGGUUACUAGUUCACCGCCUGCAAUGGGUUUGGGGGUUGAACGAGCAUCAAAAGAUAUAAUGAGAUAUCCACCCCAAAGUCGUCGUGGAUUAUUUUCAUGGGAAGUCAUUGGUGAUACGUUAUUUUAUGGAUGUAUUAUGGGUGGAUUGACGUUAACAAAUUUUUCUAUAGUGAUUUAUGCAGCUGGUGAUGGAAACUUAGGUAGCGGAUGCAAUCAUAGUUUGAAUCCGGAGACAGAAGACGCAUGUGAGCAAGUUUUCCGAGCAAGAGGUGUAUCCUUUGCGACUUUAACUUAUCUACUAUUUAUACAUGCCUAUAAUUGCCGAUCGUUAAGAAAUCCGAUUUGGUCGAUGCAUUUCUGUGAUAAUAAAUUUUUAUUUUGGGCAGUAGUUGGCGGUGCACUUAUUGCAAUUCCUACUUUUUAUAUACCUGGGUUGAAUACAAAAGUAUUUCAUCAAUUAGGGUUUAGUUGGGAAUGGGGAUUAAUAUUGGGAUCAAUAAUAAUAUUUGAAAUAGUUGUUGAAAUAUAUAAAUUUUCCAAAAGGCGUUAUUGUGCACCUUUAAUGUUUGCUAGUUUAGUACCAGGAGGAGAAGAAGAGGAUGAUAAUGGUGGAGCAAAUAUCACAAUAGUAUGA